ACAGUUUGUCUGCCAGACAUCCCCACACUGAACUACAGUUCAUUCGGUCUCUGUAAGAAGACUGCUGUAGAUUUUUACCAUUCAAUUAUAUUCUUUAUGUUUUCAUCACAAAGCAGUUGUAAAAAGGUAUUUAAAUGAAACGAUCAACUUUCUGAUUAGAAGCUGGAGACAACAGCCAUGUUGUUGGCAGAAGCUGGAUGUGUGUUUGUGGGUUUUAUCCUGUACCUCUCAGGGGUUCAGGGACGAGCAAACCGCAUCUGUGCCUUAAAAGGUUCAUCAGUGGAUCUGCCCUGCUCAGCUCAACAUCCCACUUCAAACAUGAAAUGGUUCACUGCACACUUGAAUAUCUCUAAGCCUGUUCAGAUUGAGCUCUCUGCAGAAACAAAUCGUGUAACAUCCAACAUGUCAGAAAAGACUUAUUUUACUCUAACAAUCAAUGAUCUGAGAGAGAGUGAUGAAAAGUUUUACUGCUGCAAAGAAAGUACUGACAAACCAGAAAACUGCUGGCACCACAGAACUGAGCUCCACGUUGCAGACCUGCAGGUAAAGGUGAUUCCUGCCACAGAGGGACAGACAGUAAAACUGAUGUGUAGCACCAGCUGCCCUCUGACUGAAAACCCUGCAGCCUACAUCUGGUACAGGAACAGAGAGUUUCUCUAUCAGGACUGGUCUCCCUGGUACCAACAGCUGGUCAGCAGUGACAAAGCAGUCAGAUACUCCUGUGCUAUCAAAGGCUACGAGGGUCUCAGAGCCCCUGAAGUCUCCGUGGAUUCUGUCACACCAAGCUGCUUUAGUGUGACCUACGCUAAAGGGAGAAUGUGUUCUUACAAGCAGACAUCAGUGGAUGAGCCCUGCUCCAUCACAUAUCCAAAAGAAGUACAUGUUCAAAGGACUCCUGCAGCCACACCGGGCCAUGUCAUAUUGACCUGUAACACCAGCUGCCCUCUGACUUCCUUUAAAUGGUAUAAGAAUAGACACUUAGAUGGAAAUCUUGAGAAACCACAGCAAACAGUGGUCAGCACCUCUGCUGACAGCUCCUCCUGUGCUGUGAAAGGACGUGAGGACCUGCACUCUGCUGAAGUCUGUAUUGAGGAUAACAACUGCUGGUGUGUGAAUUAUGUCAGCAGCAGAAUUUGUGCACUGGAAGGUUCUUCAGUGAACAUUUCUAGUAAAUAUUCUCAUCCUGAAAAGCAGCAGCCAAAGUCUAAAUUAUGGUAUAAAACACAGAGAAGUUGGACGGAAGAAGCUGAAGAGCCGAUUAAGGCUGCACAUCGUGUGGAGUAUUAUGACGUGAAGAAUCACCACAUCCUGAGAAUUAAAAACCUGAAGAAGAAUGACUCAGCAGAAUACACAUUCAGACUCCAGAAAGAGCCUAAUGGAGACUGGACACAGUCUGAUUUACCUGGAGUGACUCUGGUUGUCACAGUCCUGAGAGUGAAGUUUACUCCUUCUGCAGAGGUGACAGAGGGCCAGAGAGUCACACUGACCUGCAGUACCAGCUGCCCUCUGACUGACAACACAAACUACAUCUGGUACUUGAACAGUCGACGUUUGACCGGGCCAGAGACCCAAAACAAACACCUGGUUCUAGAGCCAGUCAGCAGUCAGCAAGCAGGAAAGUACUCCUGUGCAGUCAAAACCCACAACAACAGCAGCUCUCGUGAAAAGACUCUCACUGUCCAAAGUAAACCGGGGAAAUGGUCACCAGCAGCAGCUGCAGGAGUCUUUGCUGCUCUCCUGGUUUUAAUACCUCUCGCUGUCUUCUUGUGGAUUAGAAGAAAGAGGACUUCUAGCCAAUAUCCUGGAACUGAAACCUCUGAAAACAACUUGGAGCAGAUAAACCUUGGUCCCAUGUAUGAUGAAAUCUCAGCUCUACCAACAGAGCAGGAUGAUCUUCACUAUAGCACUGUCCACUUCGGUCAGAACAACACAGACACCCUCUACAACACAGUCCAGUCACAUCAGCCGCAAGAACAAGAGCACAUCCCCUAUGUUGUUGUGAACUUUAGACCCAACGCAACCCCUGAGUGAGCAUCUCUUGCUUUUACAGUUGAUUCAGGCUCUACUUGAGGGAUACAAUGUAAGAUUGGGUUGUCUUAGUCCAGUACUAUUUUGAUAAAAAUGUGUAGGAUAUUAUGUUUUGUUUUUUUUUAUGUUGAUUACACGUUAAUAUGAUUGAAAGGGUACUUACACCCUUUGUCACUUAACACAUCAGUGACCUGAUUCUCAUGAAAAGGUGACUUGGUUACAGACUGCAUACCGUAUAUUGUAAAUGUAGUUAAGGAUUAUGAGCCUUAAAAUGAAACUGCCUCUACUGAAAUGUUCUUUGAGUAUUUUGCCACAUUUAACCCACAGUAGAUUGACGCUUCCUUUUCUUUUACUUUUGAGGCACGAUGGCCAGGCAGCAGAACCCUAGAAUUUGUACAGCACAGCAAACAAAAACUUAAACAGACUGGAUGUAACAACACACCUGUCUGUGUUAUGUAUGUAACUUGGAUAUGUUCUGUACAUUAUCCCUGCAUUGCAUUUCCAUUUAUGGAGUUUCCUGUGAAUGAAAAGACAGACAUCCACUGCCUGUUUUAGGAAGUGAAACCAAGACUUCUGUCUGUUAAACCAUAUAGCCAUAACUUGUUGAGCAGACUGUGUCAAAAUGCAAACACUAGAUGCUACUACUUUCUAAUAUGCAGCAACACUUAAACAAAUACUGUUUGUGAAACUUAAGAAAAUUAACAUUCUUGUUGCAACAAAAAGGUACUGCAGGGAAUAUUGAUUAUCCUGCCGAGUACCUUUACAAUUCCUACUAGACUCCUUCACACAUGAAUCAUAUUUCUGGGGGAAUUUAUUGUAAAACAAAUGUAAGAAGAGAAAAAACACCUGUCUGACAACACAAACUGGCUCUCAAAUCUCACUUACUUGGGUAAGUGAGAACAUAAUUGGCCUAUUGGACAUGCCUAAAGUUACAGAAAGUUAACAAAAAGCUCAUUAAGAAAAACUCACCCAACAUCAUGCCAUUAUGACAUUGAAUGCUAACCAUACUAGCUUUAACUAAUGGUGGUCUUUCAUCUGGUAUUUUUAAUUGUCUUGUUUAGUUCCACUUUUUUUGUUGUUAACUAUUAGACAAGUAGUCACACUGCUGUCAGCAGAAAGCUUGAAAUUAUUACUGCUAGGGCUGGUCUCCUAAAAUGGUCACUAGGAGUCUUUAUAAUGCUUCUUAUAAUACUUUUGAUGCUACACUGUAAUUAUUUUUGAAGGCACAUCCACAAUAUGUGAAGCCUAGUGAAUAUUUUUUGACCGUACAAAUUACAUGUUUAUGCGACAUAAUACAAUAUUUCAAUGUGUUUCCUAUCUGACUACAACUGAAAAUAUAUUCCAUUUUACAUCAUUUAUUCUGCAAACACAGCAUCAACAUCUAACAGUUGUUGUCAAACAAACAAGUAGGCAGUGGUGAGUUAAACCCUGGGUAAAUAUUUGGAUUAUGUUUUAAUAAAGUUGACUUUGUUGUCUUA